AUGAAGUUGACUCCCAUCAAAGUCAAGGGCAAAGGAGGCCGAAAACCCCCUUGGAAGCCCCCGCAACCGCAGGGCAACAUGAGAAAGCGAGGGCAGAGUGAGGACGCGUCCAGUCAUGACGGCCAUGACGGGCCUCGUCCCAGCAGACGACCCAAAACCAGGAGACCGGCGGCCCUCAUUGAGCAACUGCCCACUGAAAUUCUAGAGCGUAUUGUACUCCUGUCCCAGAACCUCAACGUCCCGCGGAGCAGCCUCCGCAUCGGUUUUCUCCUCUCCAACAAAUCCUUCUAUACAGAGCUGCUGGUAGCUGCCUUUGAUCCCACGUGGGACCUGUGGUUUGGCUGCUAUGUAGAGAGCACGCAUUCCUACGCGGACUAUUGGGAGGAUUAUCAGCGCAUAGGAGGAGAUCCUGACUUUCAGAGCGCUGUUCUUGCCUGCCCAUGGGUGGAUCUCAACCUGAUUUUCGAGGCCCAGCAGAAAUGGUACAGGCGGGAUGGGACUCAGCGCUAUUUCGAGCACAUUGAGCGCUGGCCGACCAUGUUGGAGGUGGAGUACCGUACCGUCGCAAAUCCGGACCAUCAGCCAGGACUAGGCCACCUGAUGCAAGAUGUCGCUGCCUGUUUUGAGGCCGACUGGAACCACUACUGCGCCAGGUUGAACUCUUUCGCCAUGGCCUGCCGGUUCGAUGGCAAGUUCCUCGACUCUUUAGAGUGGACAAGCCGGAGUAACUGGUUCAUAGAGAUUCAUCCGCUGACGAGGAUACCGGAACGCUUCCUCACAGGGCCAUUUGGCUGGGACGAGGCUAAGCUGCUGUUCUGGUUUGUCCGCGGAGGGGCGCGGGCCUUGCCGGAGUAUAUUACUUGGGAGUCAACUAAACGAGGCUAUGAGAACAUUAUGUCCCUUGAGGAUGAACACCUUGGCUUUGUUCUCCUCUAUCUUUUUUAUGAGCUAAGGGUCUUUCAAGUCGACAACUGGCCAGCUUUCCUGGCUGGAGAGAAAGCCAAGGAGGCUGGCGCACAUGAAUCGGCUCAAAAUGGCGACAUGAAGGGCGUCUGGCACUUGGCUAAGCUCAUUAUGAUCCAAAGUGUUUAUCAGCAUCUGGGCAUCACAGAUGACGAAGGGGAUUCUUAG